CCGCACUCCCGCUGACUCAGGUUUGGCGAGGCGAAGGAGCACAGCAGCCAUCGCUGGUAGGGCGAAGCAGCGGGUGAAACCUUCGGAUGCACGCAACGAUCAAGGGGAAAUUUGACUGCGACAGAAGAGAUGGAGCUGGGGGGGGAGCUACAACGACGAACAGAAGACUGGCUGAUGACUCUGGAGGAAGGAUGCAGGAGAUUACAGGUGAUGGUGGGCGAGCUAUCCUCGCGGUCGCAUGAGGAGCCACAGGACACAGGGGGGGCGAGCCGUCUGGCUGACUGGGCAAAGAAUAUGGGCGAAGACAUGCUCGACAUCAUCUGGGAGCUGGAGGAGGGGCUGGAUCCUCUGCUAGAAUCCUGCAAUGACUGGACGGCGGCACAUGGCAUGAUGUCUAUCUGUUAUGCCCUCUUCGCUGAGGGCCGUGACCUGCGCCAAAAGCUGGAGGACCGGCUGGUGGGCGAUGACGUCAUGGAGGACGAGUUCUCGCAGGCGAAUGGAGCGCAGGAAGACAAGGCCAACUCCGGCAUCAGCACCGACAACAACAACAGCAACAAGAUGCGCAACAACAAAAACUACAACAACAAAAGUAACAAUGAUAACAACAACGGCGAUGACCACGGCAGCAGCGCAGUGGUGGGAAUUGGGCCAGAUAACAACAGCAACAAUAUGCACAACAACAAAGGUUAUAACAACAAUAGUAACGAUGAUAACAACAACGGCGAUGACGACGACAGCAGCGCUGUGGUGGGAGUUGGGCCAGAUAACAAUAACACCGACGACGAUGGGGAUGAAAAUAACAACAACUGCAAUGAUGGCGGCAGCGGUGACGACGGUGGCAGCGACGACGACGACGACGGCGGUGGAAGUGGUGAUGGCCAUGGGAGCAGCAGGGAAGACAGCAACAAAACGAUGGGAAAGAAGCCCCAGGCUAAUAAGAGGGUUAUAUGCGGAGUGAUGGGCCUGGCGAGAUGGGGUUUGGCGAAAUGGGGUUUGGCAAGCUGGGGUUUGGGGUUGAAGGAACAAUCAGCUGUUUCCCCCCCCUCCUAUCUGCUGUUUCUACAUGGUGACUCGUUCUUCUCGGUCUGCCAUCGGGUGGGAGUUGGAUAGACGUCCAACCCCGUUUUCUUUGAUUAGAGCUGACCGGCCCUCAAUCUCUAAUCAUGACGGGGUGCCGAUCGCCCCCAAGGGAUGUAGGUAGAGUAGGUUUUCGAGUUUGGCUUUGUUUUGUUUUGUUUGUCUUUCUCCCGGGGGUGAUUGAUGUCGACGGCUUUAUAGAUACAAUAAUUCUUCAUGGGCAUGAGGUCAAUCCUUCCCUGUCGCAGGGAAGUAAUCAAUGCCUCUGCUCAUCUUUGGAACAUUCGGAUCGAGUAUAUCUCAGAUAAUGUUCACAUGCACCGUAUCACACACUCGAUGGAUAAAGAUCAUACACAUUG